AUGAACUCUUUAUAUGAAUUGGAUCCUAAAUGGAAAAAAUUGUUGGUUUUAGAUAAUUUCCUUGGUGGGUUAACGGUACAGGAAUUUGUUCAAGAACUAUGUAAGGAUCAGGAACUUAACAAUACCAAAAAUAAAGACAUCAAUAUUAUCAAUGGUGUUUCUUCACCAACCAAUAAUGAUACCGACAAUAUUACUAAUAAUGAUAACGGUAAUAUGAAUAGUAACAAUAAUUCUAAUGAUAUUAAUGAUACCAACAACAUUACAAGUAUUGAAACAGCUGAACAAUUGAAAAAUUUGGAUCCUAAACCGUAUAUUAGAACUUUAGAAUCAACAUUAAAGGAAUUGCAAAAUUUACAUGUUGAAUGCACUGGUAAACGAUCUUUUUUGGAGUCCCAGGUGUAUCAAGCUGAGAUAGAACAUUCUAAAAAUGUAUUGGAAAUCAUCCCUGAAUUCAGCCAUCUAACCAACCAAUUUGAGGAUUUGGACCAUGACUUAACAAAUGUCAAUCAUACUAUAGCACCCUUAAGUUUUAAAAUGGAGAAAAGCAUCCGUUCUAAAACAAGCUACGUGGAAUCAGUAGCGCUCUUGAAAUAUUAUCAAGAUUUCUAUGAAAAUGGGGAAUCUAAAGCAUUAAUUUCAGGGUUUGCUGAUUCUGCUAGUUGGAAAGUUAAAGCCAAAGUUGCUGUUACCGUUAAAAAUUUACUAGUUAUCACUCAGAAGGUGGAAACUAAAACUUUACCAAAAACCAUUACUACUACAAAGGCAAUUCAAAAAUAUGCACAGGAUAUUGAAAAUAGUUUAUUGGACGAUUUUAAUAAGUCAUAUAGAGAGAAAAAUUAUGGUAAAUUAAAGGAGAUUGCCUUAGUUUUAAACUAUUACAAUAGUGGAGAAAAUGUUAUUCAUAGUUUUAUCAACCAACAUCCAUUUUUCAUAGACGCUACUAAAUUAAAAUAUGUCGACGAAAAUACAGGUAACAUGAGUGAAGAGUUUAGGAAUAAACUAGAAAAUCCUGAUAUCCAUACUACAUUCUAUCAUGAAGAAGUUGUCAAUCUUCUUGAUGUGAUUAUAACUACUAUUGGAGAAGAAUCCAAAAUUAUUAAAGAAGUUUUUGAGGACAAAGUUACAAAAGUGAUGCAAUUGUUUAUACAGAGAAUAUUUGCGCAAAUAUUAGACCCUAAGGUGGAAAGCCUAUUGACUGUCUCUAUGUCCCUAUCCAAUUUGGCAUAUGUCAGAAUGUUACAUGGGCUACAUUCCCUAUUUGCACAAUUCAUCAAAGAUUUGCAAGAUUUCUUUAGUACUGAAUACGAUGGUGCUUUUUCCUCUGUUAAUGGUACUUUGGAAACAUGUUAUCAAGAUCUCUUUGCCAAGCAUCUUUUAGAUCGGGCAAAAUAUUUUGAUUUUGAAAGAAGAAGUUUAGAAGGAACUUUAAUGAACAAAGCUUCCAUUUAUAAUAUGGAACAUGAACAGGAUAUUCAACAAAGAUAUUUAUACGAUCAUUUGAAUUCCAAUGUUUCUAAAUUAGAAAUAAUGGAUACUAUAAGUUCUUCUCUAACAGCGAAAAAAUUUCAACAGCUUAAUACAAGCUUCAACACAUUUAUUAAAUCACAUUUAGAUAAAGUAAAUAUAGACAAAAAUGUUAGUUUAUCUUCUACUAAUGUCGCUGCUGCUGCUACUAACGAACCAUCUGUUAAUAAGAAGAUGGAUGCUACCAGCAAUUUUAAGUUAUCUUUGGUUGAUUCUAUGCUAAGGUCCUGUGUUGAAUCAUUAGCUAGAGUUAUGGAAUUGGUGGCUCAGAAAUCUAGUGAAUAUAGUUAUGAAAUAGUGGAGGUUUCAUUAAUGGGUAUAGUUAGUUCAUAUAUUGAAUCUGGGUUAGAGGUGGCUUAUUCUAGUUUGGUUAAGCUUGAUACACCUGAAUCUAUCGAUAGCACACCGUUUAAUUAUAUUUGUAAAUCCACAGAAAUGUUAAGUUUAAUAUCUGCCUCAAUCAAAACAAUUAUUUUACCUCUAUUAAGCAAUACCCCAACAAUUAAAAAAAAGGUUAUUGACUUGACAAAUGCGUAUUUAAAACGUUGUGAAUUGAUGACAAAUGCAAUUUUAUUAAAAGCAGUACAAAUCUCCUCUGACAAAUUUGCUACUUCAUUAGCCAAGCAGAAGAAAAAAGACUACUUAUUGAAAGAAAUGCAGGAUCAAGAUACUCAACCGGUAGUAGAAAUUGUUUAUUAUUUGGACCAUAUAAACAAGGUCACGUCGCAAUUUCUGAAAGGAGACAAUUUAUCGAACUUUUUAUACAAAAUAGGUCAUAAUUUGUACAAAGCUUUAUUGGAGCAUUAUAAGAAAUUUCAAGUUAAUUCUAUUGGUAGUUUAGUCUUAACCAAAGAUAUUAUUGGAUAUCAAACAGCUAUUGAAAAAUGGGGUAAUUUUCACUUAAAUGAGGAAUUUUCUACUUUGAGAGAAUUAGCCAAUUUAUUUUCUGUUCAACCGGAAUUAUUAGAGUCAUUGACGAAAGAGGGUCAUUUAGCUAAUGUUAAUAGAGAAAUCAUUGGCAUUUAUAUUUCAAACAGAGACGAUUUUAAUAAUAAUGGUAUAUUAAGUAGGCUAAAAUCAAACUUGAGAUGA